GCGGUGUGGGCUGCUGUGCGCGGCAAGGUGAUGGCGGCCGGUGGCAGUGAUCCGCGGGCAGGCGACGUAGAGGAGGACGCCUCACAGCUCAUCUUUCCCAAAGAGUUUGAAACAGCUGAGACACUUCUAAAUUCAGAAGUUCAUAUGCUUCUGGAGCAUCGAAAGCAACAAAAUGAGAGUGCAGAGGAUGAACAGGAACUUUCUGAGGUCUUCAUGAAAACUUUAAACUACACAGCCCGUUUCAGUCGUUUCAAAAACAGAGAGACCAUUGCCAGUGUACGUAGCUUGCUGCUCCAGAAGAAGCUUCAUAAGUUUGAGUUGGCCUGUUUAGCCAACCUUUGUCCAGAGACUGCUGAGGAGUCCAAGGCUCUGAUCCCAAGCCUGGAGGGGCGGUUUGAAGAUGAGGAGCUACAGCAGAUUCUUGAUGACAUCCAGACCAAGCGCAGCUUUCAGUAUUGACCUCCAGAUACCACUGCUGCUGGGGGACACAUCACAUCCCCAGCACAGCGCUGCUGGCCCAGGAUCCAGGGCUGACUUGCACAGAAAAUCUAUUGCAGAAGACACUUGGGCGUCCUUUGGAUAGAACAACCCAGUGCUUGGUCUUGGUUUAGGUUGCUGUUUCAGGCUCGACCGUUGGACGCUGAUGGCCAGCAUAACCUUGGAGAGGCCUUGCAGUGGCUGCCUGAGCUUGCCUCUGGGAAGGGUGAGGUGGGGUGAUGUGCAUCUAAGCCACACUGCUGACGCCUCACAUCACGGUCUUUGGCCCUUGUGUUAUUUUUGAUUCCUACUAUUUCAUGUUUUAAUUUCAGUGUGUUCAUAGUUUUUGAAGCUAUACUAGAACAUGUAAAACUGGUAUGGGAAACAGUAUCCCCUAAAUGCAAAAAGAGCAAUUAAACGAGACCUGUAUCGUUGUUUGAAAUUCUUAAAGAGAGGGUGAUAGCGCCUUGGCGUCAUUGUGCUUAACCAGGAGACAGGGAAGAGCUGCCGCGAAGAGUAGUCACGCCUGAGGGUGACUGCUGAGUGCUGUGGGGCACACAGCCUUGAGGUGGGCAAGCACCGUGCCGUUCUUCUUGGAUUGCUGCACAGCAGAGAUUUGGAGUAAGUGGUCUUUAAGCACUUACUGUGUCACUGCCGCAUUCAGAUUUUUCCUUCCUGGGCCAGAUGUGAAGGAGUGAGCACUUCAUAGUGUCCUCAUAUGGGGCAUCGGGUCCAAACCUCUGGCCUCCUGCUUAGCAGCAGGUGUUCUGGGAUGGAGGAGACAUGGGAGGAGGGCGCCUGCCACUUCCCGAGCCACUACAGUGGCCUCACUCCAUCUGAGGCUAGUUGCGGAGAAAACACUUUAAUUACUAAACACUGCGGCUCUGAAUUUUCUGAAGGGAAAUAUGCCUGUUUUCUUCACAAUUUGGUGAUUUUUCUUUGAGGCACUUGUUGGCUCCAAGUGAAUUCAGGGUCCAGCGAAAAGGCUGGGGAAAGAACAAAGCUGCCUUUAAAAGUCAAGGUGGUUUUAUGUCAGCUGCUGACUAAGGCAAAAAUAAAAUUUCUUUAAUAAAGUCUUUCAGUUUCUGAAAUGA